UGCCACGUGGCCCAAACCUCCCAACUCCCAAUUUACCACAACCCUUUAAAGGCCGUCGCCAGAAAAAGUGUCACGGCUGCUGCCGUUUAUUGUUUAAAGAUGCAGACGGCUUCUUUGAUAUUAUGCAAUAACUAUACUCCAGUACUUAAUUAUACUUCAUUCAAGCCCGUGACGAGUUUCGAUUUCAAUUUAAAACAUCAGGUUUUGCUCCGAGGAAGACGAAAUGGCUUCGCAUGUUGCACCGGAAACACGAAGAAAUGUUCUAUAGUAACUAGUGCUCCUUCUGGGAUCAGGCGAUUGGAUAAUGGCCUAUAUAAUCGUGAUAACACUUGCCAGAAAUUCAUGUCCACUACCAUGGCAGCCACAGGCGGCGGCGGUAGUUCAGUUUCUGAGUUGGAUGAUAAUGUAAGGAAAAUACUUCAGGCUGUUUUGUGGGUUGCGGAGGGUGUUUAUGUGUUUUGGCUCUUCUUACUUCCUUAUGCUCCAGGGGAUCCUGUUUGGGCCAUCACUUCAGAAACAAUCAACUCUCUUAUAGGCCUAUCUCUCAAUUUCUUCUUGAUUCUACCUUUGAUCAACUCUGGUACAUUACAUCUUUUGGAAAUCUAUUGUUUUUGUCUGUUUUAAAUGUUUUGAAAUUGUUUAAAAUCAAAUGAAUAUUGGCAUUUUAAUCAGGCACUUCCCAUAAAAGUUGCCUUGUGUAAUCGCAUGCUUAUGAAGGGGUGCAUGCUUUAAAUUUAAUAAUCUAGUGGCAUUUGACAUGUGAUUCUGGUGUGAGCAAUAACUAUGAGCAAUUGACCAUGUUCAAAAUAAGCUCAAGUUUACUCGAUUUACCUCCGGAUAAUCUUGAACCUUCAUAGUUAAUGAGAGAACAGCUUUAUAAAAUCAUAUAUUCUUCAAGAUUCGUGCGCACAAGGAAAUAGCAUUUUCAUUAGCAUCUUUACCAGGAUGAGCAACUGCUCUACAAGGUAAUGUUUAUACAUGAAACAGACAAUAACUUGUAGAAAUGUAUCAUGAGUCAAAGCGAUUUUUGUCAAAGAUGAGAAGACAUUCAUACUUAAUAAUUCCCUUUUCUAGUUUUGGAACACCUGAUAUGCAAAACUGCUAGUUUAUUAUUCUAUCCAUUCAUCGUCAACAUGUUUAUAAUUUGUAUCAGCAGAUUCAAAUGUUUGGGCUGACUUUUUACAUCCUCGAAAAACGUGGCUCUUCUUUGAUGUGAGAAAAACAUAAAGUAGCAGUUUGUAAAGUGCAUGUUUUGGUAGUGUUUACCAUUGCAUUUAUUGUACGGUUAUA